GCAGCUGCAAUGCACAACCCGGUUUCAUUUCAUUUCAUUUCAUUCCAUUCCAUUCAUUCUCUCUUCUCUCUUUCUUCCCAUGUCUGACUGAGGGCAAAGGGUGUGGCGGAGAGAAGCAUCAACGGACGUGCCGAAACUGCAAUGCCUGAGGCAGGGCUGGGCAUGUCAUUUCCCUCUUUAGCCGGAGCAGGCGGGGCGGCAUACCUAGAACUUUAACCUCGCCGCUUGGGGGUACCCUUUUGUCUGGCUCUGCGCCGUAGAGGUCCCGCUGCCCGAAUCGAGCCAUGAACGGCUGCAGCCCAGACAAAGAGCAGCCUAGCAAGGACCAGCCCAGCUCCUCCGGCGGCAAAAUGGACCUUUCCGAAGAGGAAGUGGCCGUUGCUGAGCAGGACUGGGAAGCGGCGAAGGCAGCCUACGAGAGCCUCUCCUCGACUAAAAGACCCCGACCUCCCAAGCCCCAGAAUGCCAUCACCAUUGCUGUUUCCUCCCGGGCUCUCUUUGACAUGGCGGAAGAGAGGAGAAUCUACGAAGAGCAUGGCGUGGAAAAGUAUGUGGAGUAUCAAGAGGCAAAUGAAAAUGUCACCCUGAAGCCUGGACCAGCUUUUGCCUUGGUGAAGGCAGUGGAGCAGGUGAAUGCCCGACUUCGUGAGCUGUAUCCGGAUGAAGAAGAGCUGUUUGAUAUUGUGCUCAUGACUAAUAAUCAUGCCCAAGUAGGGGUGAGACUUAUCAACAGCAUUAAUCAUUAUGGUCUUCUAAUCGAAAGGUUCUGUAUGACUGGAGGAAAGACUCCUAUCGGCUACCUAAAAGCAUACCUUACGAAUCUGUAUCUUUCUGCUGAUUCUGAAAAAGUCCAAGAAGCCAUAGAAGCAGGAAUUGCUGCUGCCACAUUGUUUACUGGGAACAAAAAUGUCCCUUAUGAUGACAAGCAGCUCCGAGUGGCCUUUGAUGGGGAUGCCGUUCUGUUUUCUGACGAGUCUGAAAUAAUUGUGAAAGAACAUGGCCUGGAUAGGUUUUUUGAGCACGAGAAGUUAAAUGAGAAUAAGCCUCUGGCACAGGGUCCUUUGAAAGGUUUCUUGGAAGACCUUGGAAGACUUCAGAAGAAGUUCUAUGCAAAGAACGAACGGUUAGAUUCGCCAAUCAGAACUUAUUUGGUGACAGCUAGAAGUGCUGCUAGUUCUGGAGCCAGAGUGCUGAAGACUCUCCGCAGCUGGGGAGUGCAGAUUGAUGAAGCCCUUUUCCUUGCAGGGGCACCCAAGGGACCAGUCUUGGCAAAAAUCAGACCUCACAUUUUCUUUGACGAUCAGAUGUUUCACAUAGAGGGAGCGCGGCAGCUGGGUACGAUUGCUGCACAUGUGCCUUAUGGCAUAGGGCAGAAGUACCACAAGUCCAAACUGAAAGACAGCCCUACCAAAAAUUAGUUGCUUUUUUAACUUAGCCUUGGAUGUGCUGUUAAGUCUGAAAUUUCCAUACUUGAACUUUUAUCAAAAUUUAUAUUUAAGUGUGACCUCCAGUUUCCUGAUCUAUUUUUAGAUUACAUAUAUUUUUUACUAUACAUAUUUUUUGGGAAAAAUUAAAUAUAUACUCCUAAAUAGAUUAGUUUCAGUUGACCUUUCUAACUUGGGCUUUGUAGUAUUGGAAAAUAUUAGGAUUGUACUGUUUGUUCUUUUCUGCAGGACCACAGAAAUAGCACAACACUGCACAUAUUGCUCUGCACAAACUGCAUGCAAGCCAUGGAAGUAUGAGGUUUUGUAUGUGUUACUGCUUUAUUGGAUACAAGCUGUUGUCCCCUGUGCACAUACAGUUGAAUCUGCAGGAUCCAAGUCAUUAGAAUGUAAUCCAGAAUAAAAUCAAUAAUGAUUCCAUUUAUUGGAUUGAGAUGCAAAUGGCACUCCUUUUAUUCAGUAACUCUGAAUAGCUUCCCAGUGCAUUGUUUAGAACCACCAAUUAGUAAAUAUCAGUUGCUGAUCUUGUGAUUUAAAAGAUACCUUCUCUCUUUUGAUGAUCCUCCGUGGUGCAGAGUGGUAAGCGGCAGUAACGCAGCCAAAGCUGUGCUCAUGGCCGGAGUUCGAUUCCAACGGAAGGAGGAAGUCGAAUCUCCAGUAAAAGGGGUCGAGGUCCACUCAGCAUUCCAUCCAUCCGUGGUCGGUAAAAUGAGUACCCGGCAUAUGCUGGGGGGGUAAAGAAAGGCCGGGGAAGGAACUGGCAGUCCCACCCCAUAUAUACGGUCUGCCUAGUAAACAUUGCAAGAUGUCACCCUAAGAGUCGGAAACGACUCGCACUACAAGUGCGGGUACACCUUUACCUUUACCCCUCUUUUGAAACUACAUGUCCAUUUUAAUAAAAGCUGGUUCUGGAGA